AUGGCUUCCUACGUCCGCCUCCUUCUUCUCAGCUCCCUGUUCGGCAGCCUGGCUGCUGCCGCGCCCAUGGAGAACCGCAUCUUUCGCCGCACUUCCGCCGCCGACCUCGUCGGCCAGAUCAUGCCCGGCUCCUUGUCGUGCUCAUCCGCUCAGUUCGCCGACGAAUGCCGCACCAAUGUCCAGGCCGCACCCUACCUGAUCCAGGCGAUGCAGCAGUAUGGCCUCAACACCGCCGGCCAGAUCGCUGCUGUGCUCGCCGUUGUCGGCUACGAGUCCGGCGACCUUGCCUACAAGCACAACGUCUCGCCCGGUCGACCCGGUCAGGGCACCAGCAACAUGCAGAUGGCGACAUACAACGCUCUCUAUGCUGCCUCUAUUUCCGCGCUGUCGUCGGGCGUGGCUGCCGCCAACGGCGACGUGUCCGCUAUCCUGUCCCUCGUCACCGCCGACGAGUACAACUUUGGCAGUGGCCCGUGGUUCCUCACCACGCAGUGCUCGUCCGACGUCGUGUCGGAACUGAGGACCGGCACUGACGCCGCUUUUUCUGCAUACAUGGCUUGCAUCGGCGUUGACGCUACCGACAGCGGCCGUUUGGCUUACUGGAACCGUGCCAAGACUGCCUUUGGCUUUUAG